CGAUCAGACAAGCCUCUACAGCCAGCGCGGCGGAAGACAUAUUCAGUCACCCUUUGCCCUCAGGUUUCGAUCGCAGCGGCCGGGAUACUGAACGUCACCGUCGGUCAGCAUCACCACUGGCAUGUCCUCCUUUUUCACGCUGCCCGCUUCCCAGCGCAAGCGGAAGAGAGACGAUCGUGCCACUGCUCCGGCGUCUAAGAAACGUGGAGUUUCUGGAAAUGGAAACGCUGGGGAGAAGAAGGCAAAGGAAAGACGGGAACGAGACGAGUCCAUAUCGGAAAGCGAAUUAGACGACGAUGAAGAACUGUCAAGUUCUGCAGAAUCUGCAGCAUCUGCAGCAUCCGAAGAGAGCGAACCCGAGUCCGACGAGGGCGAGACCGCGGCGGACAAAAGGCUAAAGCUCGCAGAAAGGUACUUGGAGAAUAUACGAGAAGAGGUGGAUGAGGUGGGAUUCGAUGCGGCGGAGAUUGAUCGAGAUCUAAUCGCGGAGAGACUAAAAGAGGAUGUGGAUGAGUUCAAAGGACGUGUGUUCCGGCAAAUUGCAGCACAAUUGUCUUUUUCUACCGCAUCGCACUCUUUCUUCCGCGCAGACACUCAGACCACUACUUCUAUCGCUGUCCACCCGCCUUACGUUUAUACGGUGUCAAAAGACAAGACGUUGAUAAAAUGGGAACUCGCAACUCCUACUCCGGCGGGCUCUUCUGAAUCAGAUAACGCAAACGGUGCCGGCGGAAGGCGCCCGCGGCCGCAGCGCAAGAAGCCAAAGAAUAUCAAAUAUACCCGUGGUCUUCAGAAGGUGGCUGAAAGCGAGGAGCAGCAAGGUCACACCGGAAACAUACUGGCGGUGGCCGUAUCGCCAUCGGGAAAAUAUGUGGCCACCGGAGGAGCAGAUAAAAAACUUAUCAUCUGGGAUGCCGCAACACUUACACCACAGAAGACUUUCACCCAUCACCGGGAUGCAGUCAGUGGUCUUGCCUUUGCCAGACACAUCUCGUCUAUGAGCUCUGGGGAGCAACUCUUUUCCGGGUCAUUUGACCGGACAAUCAAGACAUGGUCACUCAGCGCCAGUGGACAUGCCUACGUGGAAACACUUUUCGGUCAUCAAGACCACGUUACAAACCUGGCAGCCAUGACAAUUGAUCAAUGUGUCAGUGUUGGAGCGCGAGACCGAACUGCGAGAUUGUGGAAGGUGAUUGAUGAGACGCAACUUGUGUUCCGCGGCGGUUCUGCCAAGGCUCAAUAUCAGGAGAACAACAUUGACUGUGUCGCCGUUAUACCCCCUAAUCAUUUCGUCACAGGCUCUGAUUCUGGCAGUAUCUGCCUAUGGUCAAUCCAUAAGAAGAAGCCUAUCUACACGAUACCUCUUGCUCACGGUCUCGAUCCUCUUCCGCCUUUGGACGAGCUGUCGCCUGAAGUGGACAAGGAGACAGCCGCUCAAAAUUCUCGAUUCCUUCGGCCUACGCCCCGUUGGAUCACAGCCCUGACGACCUUACCGGGGACAGAUAUCGUCCUUAGCGGCAGCUGGGAUGGCUGGAUUCGUGCAUGGAAAAUUUCAGAGGAUAAGAAGAUGAUUUAUCCGCUCGGGGCCGUUGGCGGUGGCGCUAUUACGCCCUCACCCUCAUCACAACUACAGGAGACCCUCAGGUUUGAUUCUGACAUGAUGGAAGUCGAUCAAAACAAUAAGCACAGAGAGUCAUCAGAGGAGGCAGAAUCUGAACCUCUUUUGAAGGGUGUCGUCAACGAUAUCGCUGUCUUCGAACGCCGUCCUGAGCACACCAAGCCCGGUCAGAAACCGAAGAAAUCCAAGUCCAAAACAGGCGAUAAGUCCGCACCUGAACCCCGCGGCCUCUGUAUUGUUGCAGCUCUCGGCAAGGAGCCACGUUUUGGUCGAUGGAAAUGCUUCAAGAACAACAACCAUUAUGGGCCCGCUUCAGAAGGCCGCAAUGGCGCUGUGGUCUUCGAGGUCCCGUUCGCUGAAGGCGCUCCUGUUGAAUCUGCGGAAGAUGCGCCCACCACUGCCUAACAGUGUCGACCUAGAUGCUGUUCUCACCCGUCUCAACACCUUGCUUCACGGGAUCGGUGGAAAGAUCAACGCAUCCUUUCCGCGGAGCUGUAUGUUCUCUUAUGAUCUAUAGAGGCGCCGUACUUUCUGAUGGACCGAUCCUUGAUCAAGGUCCGUGUUCUCAAUUGAAUUGCAUACGCCUUUUUUUUUUUUUCUCUUCAACUGGCUGGCGUUUU